UUACAGAAGUGCAAAACAACUACAGCUUGAGAGGAGCACCUUCACAAGCCGCAACAUGGAUGUACCUCUGCUCAGCUGCCCACACUGCUCAGCCCCACUGUGAAUAUACGUGUCAGUGGAGUGUUCAGUCAUGUCUCGAGACAUUGAUGAGGGGGAAAACAACUGUUCCUUUUCGCUGCUGACGUUUCAGCAGUGCAACUUCCUCAUUUGCUGAAACAAGAACAAAAACCGACGGCCCAAACACCCACAGAAACACAUCACAGAGGCAGCGCCAACCGGCUUACCUGCGUCUCAUGCUCCUGCUGGACUGACCCAGCUCUGGACCUUUGUUUUGGAUCAGGAUCAUCUGAAGGGGACUGCAGAGGUCCGGUAGAGAACUGCCAGCAUGCUGCGGCAGUCUCUGAGCAUCCUGAAGCAGCUCGGCUCGGCAGCAAAGUCACAAGAUGCCACAGACCUUCUACACGAGGACCUGGUUCAGGUGGAGCAGCGGGUGGAGCCGGCCAAGAAGGCGGCCCAGGUCCUCCAUAAGAAGUUGCAGGCCUGCAUGCAGAGUCCUACAGGACUGGAGCCUGAAAAAAGAAUGAAAAAACUUCCACUAAUGCUGCUGUCGAUCAGCAUGGCAGAAAGCCUGAAGGACCUUGACGCGCAGUCCUCAAUCAGGAGAGUUCUGGAGAUGUGCUGUUUCAUGGAGAAGAUGCUGGCUAACAUGCUGGCCAACUUUGAGAUGACUGUGGAGAAGGAAGUUCUGGAGCCACUCAUCAAGCUUAGCGAGGAGGAUUUACCUGAAAUCCUGAAGAACAAGAAGCAGUUUGCAAAGCUCACUACCGAUUGGAACAAUGCACGAGUCAGGAGCCAGACCAGCAGCGGGCCUCAGGCUAAGCAGGAUGGACUCAGGGAGGAAGUAGAAGAAGCAUGGAGGAAGCUGGAGAAUAUCAAGGACCAGUACUCUGCAGACCUGUAUCACUUUGCAACUAAAGAAGAUGACUAUGCUAACUACUUCAUCCGUCUUCUGGAACUGCAAGCAGAAUAUCACAAGAAUUCACACGAGUUCCUGGACAGAAACAUCAACGAGCUCAAAGAGAAUAACAGUCAAAAAGAUCCAGCACUGAGCCUAUCUAGCGAGAAGGUCUAUGGUGAGCCGCUUGUCUCACAUUUGACCCAGAGCAGCAGGGAGAUCGCAGCUCCCGUCCAGGAGUGCAUUCAGAUGCUGCUGAAAACGGGCAUGAGAGAGGAGGGUCUGUUUCGUCUAGCAGCAGCAGCCUCGGUGGUGAAGAAGCUGAAGAUCUGUCUUAACCAAGGGAUAGUGGACCACAGCGAGUUCAGCAUGGAUCCUCACGCCGUCGCAGGUGCAUUGAAGUGUUACCUUCGAGAACUUCCAGAGCCCCUAAUGACCUUUGAACUGUACAAUGAUUGGUUUACAGCUGCAGGAGAAAAAGACCCAACAGCAAAGCUGGAGAGGUUCAGGGAGCUGCUGCAGAAACUGCCUCCUGAAAACUACAACAACCUCAGGUACCUGGUCCAGUUCCUGUCUCUGCUGUCUGAGCAGCAGGCUGUAAAUAAGAUGACUCCCAGUAACAUCGCCAUCGUACUGGGGCCGAACCUGCUGUGGCCACGAGCUGAGGGGGAAGCUGCUCUGUUCGACAUGGCUUCAGCAUCUUCCGUCCAGGUGGUGAUGGUCAUUGAGCCUCUAAUUCAGUACAGCUCCAGUCUCUUUCCAGAAGCUGUAAGCUUUGAGAUACCUGAUUUACCUGAAGUCCCAGAUGUUCCAGCUCCUGCUGCCCAGUCUUUCUUCUCAGAGAGGGAUAGACUGAGCAGAACAGUGUCCUCCUCUUCAUCCAUGUCCACCUGCUCCUCCUAUCACCUCCCUGUCUCCAAAUCAAACAGCACAACCUCUCAGGACAGUAUUGGCUUCUUCCGGGCUAAAUCCAGUUCUGUGAGCAGCCGCGGUGGUACCACCACAUGGGGAAGCCCUACUCCUGAGACGGCAGCCAAUGACAACGCAGGAUCCAGUGGUUCACCCAUGUUUGAGUCCAGCACAAUUACAGCUCCCAGCCCAUCCUCCGGAUCCGGCUCCGCACCAUACCAGAUCCCAUCCCCUCCACCCAGAUCGACAGUGCCGGCACCGAACCCAGGUGGUCAGAUGAGGAAUCUCACCCAGAGGCAGAGCUUGGAUCAGGUCCAACUGGAACCGAUUUUGGAGGCUCCGCCUGAAUCUCCCAAGGCCGUGUUGACGAUUGGAUCACCAUAUAAACCAAAGAGAACCUUCAACCUAAUCAAAACUAACCAAACCAGUGAGCAGAUGGCAGUUCAGUUCUCCAAACCGAAAGCCCCAGAACCACCGAGGCCUCAGGCCCCUCUCCCUCCACCCACUGCCCCAGUUACCACAGCUGCUGCUGCUGCUGCUGCUGCAGACGCCACCCAGAUGCCCAAGCCUGCACCACGUGCUCCACCAACUAACAUCAAAAAGCCUCCACUGAAGAAGCCUGGAGUCAGAGCCCCGAAUUGCCCUCCUCCACUUCCUCCACCCUCACAGUCAAAACAGCUUCCCUCUAUGGCACAGUGAGGGUCUACCACAUUCUACCGGCUGCAUGUACUUUUGCAUUAUUCAGUAAAAUGUGCAGUUUUGACUUGAAUUUUUAUAGUUUAAUUAACAUUUUAGAGGUAUAUUCCUCACAUUUUUUCAUUUAUUUAUUCAAAUGUUCUUUAUUUUUUACAUCGUAAUGGUCAGAGUCACUAUAGACCACUGUUAAAAACCAAGAUGCGGAUGUAAAGGUUAGCAGAUGCAACCUUCCAGCUUUAUAUUUCUGUGUUUGCCACCCUAAAAACAAUACAAAUGAAUGCAAAUCUAAUUAAAAAUGUCUUUAUUGUC